CGGGGGUCUCACCGCGCGCCGCCCCCAGGCUCGCACUCCAUGUGGUAUUUCUACACCAUCGUGUCCCGGCCCGGCCUCGGGGAGCCCCGGUACAUGGAAGUCGGUUACGUGGACGACACGCAGUUCGUGCGCUUCGACAGCGACGCGGAGACCCCGAGAUAUGAGCCGCGGGCGCCGUGGGUGGAGCGGGAGGGGCCGGAGUAUUGGGAGAGGGAAACACGGAAAGCCAAGGGCCACGAGCAGACUUUCCGAGUGAACCUGAGGACCCUGCUCCGAUACUACAACCAGAGCAAGGGCGAUUCUCACACCUUCCGGUGGAUGACUGAUUGUGACUUGGGUUCAGACCAGCGCUUCCUCCGCGGGUACAGUCAGGAUGCCUACGACGGCCGCGAUUACAUCGCCCUGAACGACGACCUGACGACGUGGACGGCGGCGCAGAUCACCCGGCGCAAGUGGGAGCAGGCUGGUGUUGCAGAGGAAGUCAGGGCCUACCUGGAGGGCGCGUGCGUGGAGUGGCUGCGCAGAUACCUGGAGAUCGGGAAGGACACGCUGCAGCGCUGCAGCACACAGGUGCAGGGCCGCGGGCAGCUCCUCCCUCUGCCUCGGGCUGGGCUCAGUCCUGAGGAAGAAGAAACCCCUCAGCUGGGGUCAUGCCCCUGUCUCUUCAUGUUUUUAAUUUUUUUAAACUUUAUUACAAAAAAGUUACAAAAAGAAAAAAAAAAUCACUCGCAGAAAUUAACCAGAACGAACUCUAUACCUCUCAGUGAAUUUCUAUACAGAUGGAGUAGCCAUUCUGAACCUCUGGAGAUUCACUUUGGAUUUUACAGUUCAUUAUCAAAUAUUUUUUAUGCACUUACCCAGCACCAACACCAAAAGAAAGAAAGAGAAUCCAUGGAAGAAUUAGAAGUAGAAAAUAAAUAGCUUUUUGUCCUUUUUCAUAACCCGUGUCCAUUACGUGCACUCAGUCCUGUGUCUCCCCAGUACUAACCCUUUCCUGCUCUCCUUUUGUCAUGUUGUACUAUACCCACUUGUACAUUUGUUUACAUGUGGACGUGUAUUAUCGACUAAAUCCCCACAUGUGAGGAAGAACAGUGUGUUUAUUUUCUUUCUGAAAUUGUGUGGCAUUGUACAUUCCAAGUCGAUCCGUUUUCCUGAGUAUUUUGUGAUUUCAUUGUUUAGAGCUGAAUGUAGACCAUUAUAUGUUGGUGUACAAUUGGGUUGAUUCCAAUUGUUUGCUCGAGGGAAUAAAACAGCAAUAAGCAUGGGGGGCACAUAUCUCUACAAUAGAGUGUAGAGUUCUCUGGGUGUAUAUGCCCUAGAGUGAGAUAACUGGACCAUGUGGUAGUUCCAUUUUUAAGCUUUUGAGAAAUGUUCAAAAUGAUUUCAACAACACUGUAUUAAUUUGCACACGCGUGCACACACAAAAAGUGAGUGAGGGCUCCUGUCUCUCCACAUCCUCUCUAACAUUCCUUGUCAGAUUUGUUGACGGCCAUUCUGACUGGUAAGAGGUGCUAGCUCAAG